UGUCUCUCCCCGAAACCUUACUCCGCCUCCGCCGCACAACCCUAAGAGAGGCACGGAAAAAUGGCUCAGGAAUCCCUAAUCCUCCGCGGAACAAUGAAGGCUCACACCGAUUGGGUGACGGCCAUCGCCGCUCCAAUCGACAACGCCGACUUUAUCGUCUCAGCCUCCCGCGACAAAUCCAUCAUAGUCUGGUCUCUCACAAAGGACGGCCCUCAAUUUGGCGUCCCACGCCGCCGCCUCACCGGCCAUUCCCAUUUUGUCCAGGACGUCGUCCUCUCCUCCGACGGCCAAUUCGCUCUCUCCGGCUCCUGGGACGCCGAGCUCCGCCUCUGGGACCUUCAGACCGGCACCACCGCUCGCCGCUUCGUCGGCCACACCAAGGACGUCCUCUCCGUCGCAUUCUCCAUCGACAACCGCCAGAUCGUCUCCGCUUCCCGUGACCGCUCCAUCAAGCUGUGGAACACCCUGGGCGAGUGCAAGUACACGAUUCAGGAUCAGGACGGGCACUCCGAAUGGGUAUCUUGCGUGCGUUUCAGCCCUAAUACUCUGCAGCCCACCAUCGUCUCUGCGUCUUGGGACCGCACCGUGAAAAUCUGGAAUCUGUCCAACUGCAAGCUUCGGUCUACUCUUGCUGGGCACACUGGCUAUGUGAACACUGUUUCUGUGUCGCCUGAUGGCUCGCUUUGUGCUAGCGGAGGAAAGGAUGGGGUGAUCCUGCUCUGGGAUUUGGCUGAGGGCAAGAGACUUUACUCCCUCGAAGCUGGAUCAAUUAUUCAUGCCCUCUGCUUCAGCCCCAAUAGGUACUGGCUCUGUGCCGCCACAGAGUCUAGCAUUAAGAUCUGGGAUUUGGAGAGCAAGAGCAUUGUGGUGGACCUCAAGGUUGAUCUUAAGCAGGAGAGUGAAAUGGCUGCGGAAGGAAAUACCUCUUCCAAAAACAAGGUGAUAUUCUGCACCAGUUUGAGCUGGAGUGCCGACGGGAGCACUCUUUUCAGUGGGUAUACAGACGGUGUCAUAAGAGUUUGGGGCAUUGGACGGUACUAGUAGGUCAAUCUUAGGCAAAGAACAACAUGAUCCAUAAAUGAUCAUAUUUAUUGUUAUUUAGAGGUGUGUUUGAAUUUUGGAAAGAUAUCCAGAUUUUCUUUGCCUGACUUGGUUUAGCCAGGUAUUCGCCGUUUUAAUUUUGGAUAUUUAAUUGUGUUUUUGUCACCAAGUUUCCCCUUGAAAGCUCUAUAAUCCCUUUAUCCUCAUAUAUCUUAUUUUCCUGUUCUGCUAUGGGAUCUUGCAUAAAUCAUCUUGUGUGCAGCCAUGAGCGAAGUAUACUCUUCACUUUUCUAAUGCUGAAUAGUUUCUGAA